AUGGAACCGCAGCAGCAACCGCCGCAUCCGAACCCGGGAGCGGGAGCAGCAGCGGCUCCGGACAGAGCCAAUGCGCCAACGAAGCCGACGACAGCCAAAUCGCGCGCCCGCCACCGACGGAAAGAGAAGGACGAGACGGCAUCCGACGCCGGCGGCGACGACUCGAACAAGCGACGAUGCGUGAGCUCAGCCUGCGUAGCCUGUCGCAAGCGAAAAUCAAAAUGCGACGGCAACCUCCCGGCUUGUGCAGCGUGCAGUCAGGUCUAUUCCACCGAAUGCGUGUACGAUCCUGGUUCGGAUCACCGCCGCAAGGGCGUAUACCGCAGCGACGCCGAUUCCAUCAAGACGCGCAACUCUACCCUACAAACCCUCGUUCACGCCAUUCUCAACUAUCCCGAAGAAGAUGUGCCCGACCUGGUGCGUGAGAUGAGGACAUGUGAGAGUCUGGACAAAGUCGCCGAGCGAAUUGUUGCCCGCGAGCAAGGCCUACAACUGGACGAGUCGGAUGGCCAUCAAGAGGACGACCGCUUUCAAAAUGCCACACACACUUCCUCGACGGCGACACCGCUGUUCGAGAAGCAAUUGUCGACCCGUGUGGGCGAGCUGAGGCUCGACGAUGGUUCAGUCCGCUACAUUGGUGGCACUUCAAACUUGCUGUUUCUGCAAGCUGAUAAAGACUCACAAGCCUCGUCUGUGUCGGACGCAUACCCUCAGCAGGAGAACCCCGUCACAUCAUGGACCAACCAGACCUCUGAUCAUGAGCUGGUCAUGCACCUUGUCAACAUGUAUUUCACAUGGCACUACACCUACUUCACAUGCUUGCCCAAGCACCUCUUCUACCGCGAUUUUAUGCGAGGCAGACCUCCGCCUGACACCCGUCGAAAGACCGAGUAUUGUACUCCGCUACUAGUAAACGCCAUUCUCGCCCUUGGCUGCCACUUCACCUCGUCGCCUGGCGCGCGUGAGAACCCCAAUGACUCUGCCACUGCUGGCGAUCACUUCUUCCGCGAGGCAAAACGCCUUAUAAUGGAUAAUGACGAAUAUGAAAAACCAAAGAUGACCACCGUCCAGGCUCUGGCACUUAUGAGUGUACGUGAGGCGGGUUGUGGCCGCGAAGCAAAGGGAUGGGUGUACUCGGGCAUGAGUUUCCGCAUGGCUUGUGACAUGGGCUUGAACAUUGAUUCAUCUGGUCUGGGUCACAGCGCUGACCACACUAUCGACCCUGAAGAGGAGGACGCCCGACGAAUUACCUUCUGGGGAUGUUUCCUGUUCGAUAAAUGCUGGUCAAAUUACUUGGGACGUCUACCUCAACUACCUAGCUCGGCCAUCACGGUACCCAAGUUCGACGUCUUUCCGGACGAAGAUAGCGCCUCAUGGGCCCCAUACACUGAUUCAGGCUUCAUGAGCGCCCGUUCUCAGCCUGCCCGCACACGUGCGGUUGCCCUGCAGAUAUCAGUACUUUGUGAGAUAAGUAAUGAUCUUAUGCGGCACUUCUACAAUCCUAGCGAUAUGGACAAGAGCCGCGGUCGGCAAGCCGAGCUCAAGAUGUUGAGUGAUAUCCACACCCGCCUUGAAACAUGGCGUCGCAAUCUACCUGCAGAGAUGGAGCCCAAAGAGGGAGGACUUAGCAGCGUUCUUACCAUGCAUAUGUUCUUCCAGCUUCUCUUUAUUCAUCUGUUCCGGCCUUUUCUCAAAUACAAUCAGAGCACGUCGCCCUUACCGGCGAACGUCAGUCCGCGAAGGUUGUGCACGCAAGCAGCGGCCAUGAUCUCGAAACUCAUGCGACUUUACAAGCGAUCGCACGGUCUGAGACAGAUCUGCAAUGUGACUGUGUAUAUUAUGCAUUCGGCAUGUACUAUUCAUCUGCUAAAUCUACCGGACAAGAACGCUCGCCGCGACAUCAUACACGGUAUCAAACACCUGGAAGAGAUUGGAGAAGGCUGGCUUGGUGCGCGCCGCACUUUGAGCAUUCUCUCCGUUAUGGCGCGAAAGUGGAAGGUCGAGCUGCCCGAGGAAGCAGCGACUGUGCUUGCUCGUGCCGAUGCCAAGUUUGGCACCCACAGCACAGACACGCCUAGUCCAAUGGCCCGCCGAGCAUCCAUGAUGGCAAUGAUGGGCGCAUCAGAAGCCCAGCCAGCUCAAAGAGCACAACAGCCUCUUCCUCAACAACGAGCUGCCUGGACCCAAGCACAGCAAGCAAUUUUCGCCAACGCCUCUGCACCCAUGUAUGGGCAAGUGCCCUUCAAUGCCGCCCAGGCCGCGAGUCCCUUUGCCCUGCCUCCCCAAUCAGCCUCCGACAUCCGCGCUACCAACUAUCCAUCCGCACAAUCCACCCCCUUCACCAACGGCCUCCAAUCGCUCAAUGCAGCAGAGUCGCCAACAGCAACUUACACCGCCGCAGCCAGCCCUUCAGACAUGUUCGGCGGCGUCGAGCAACUACUGCGCGAGAGCCAGGACUGGGUCUUCCGCGAUCAAGCACAACUGGCCUCUGGCUUUGGCAAUUGGGGUGGGGCAGGGCUAGAUCUGGGUGUUGCGUCUCUGGGACAAAGUCCUGUGACUGCUGGACCUGCUGCUGCUGCUGCUGCGUUAGGUGGGUUUUCGUCUGCGGCGGCCGCGGCAGGGUUUCCUUCUGUGAUUGGUGGUGUUGGGUUGAGUGCUCAGCAGCAGCAACAGACUAGGCAACAGGAGGAUGGGUUUGAUACUAUGACGACUUAUGACGAGAGGGAGUGGUACCAAUGA